UCUCUUGCGCCUACAUCAGUUAAUAAAGCCAAUGAAACUUCGUACGAGAAAUAUGUAUCCGUGCAUACAACCUUUAAUUGUCACCUGCAAAGAAGAGCAGCGGUUGUCGAUGUCAGAAGAAGAGAGACUGGCGAAAAAGCGUGAAGAGGUGGAGAGACUGAGAGCUGCUGAGAAAUUUAUACGCAAAGAUGUAGGAAAGUUUGGUUGUCCGGUUUGUGAAUAUGUUUAUGAACCAGACAAAGGAGAUAGUUUGGCUGGUAUACAACCUGGAACCUCUUUCGAGGAUCUGCCCGAGACAUUUCGUUGUCCUGUUUGUCGUUCUUCGAAGGAUACUUUUAUUCCCAAACAAACUGUCAUCGCUGGCUUUGCAACUAAUCAAUCUUAUGGACUGGGUUCGAAUGCGUUGACUCCUGCUCAGAAAAACGCUCUUAUUUUUGGAGGUUUGUUUCUGUUAUUUGUGUUACUUAUGGCAGGUUAUGGUCUUAGCUAAAGUACUUUCAAGCUUCAACAAGAAUAAAAGAACUUGGGUGUUU